UUUUUAUGAGGGGUGCUGGGAUUGAACUUGAACUGAAAAACAUCAGUGUGUUGAUACAGUACAGACUAUUUGACAUGAGACGGAAAAUUAUAACAAGUGUAAUUAACAUGGAAUGGACAAGCUAACCACAACCAAGAUUGUGAAAGCAGAGGGGGGAUCUGGAGGAUCUGGAAAAGAAAUCCAAAGACACACAGAAACUGUAACAACCACAAGACUGUCAUCUCUACCUCCAAAAGGCAACAGCAGCUCCGUGAGCAGCCAACAGGUACUGACCUCCACUGUGACCAGCUCAGGCUCUGGAGGAGCUUCAGGAGGAGCUGUUCUGGUGGAGAAGAAGAUCAUCACCCAGAGCAGUGCUGAAAGAGACGCUUCCAGAAGUUAUGUCAUAUCCUCCUCCUCGUCUGGAAGUUCAGGCAGCAGCAGUUCAGGAGCAGGAUCUGUGAUAAGUGGAUUUGAUGAAAUAUCUCGCGUAACCGGACCGAUUAGUAGCUCUACAGUUAAAAGCAAAAGCUCUGCAGUUAAAAGCUCUAGCAGUGUCUCUACCUCCAUCACAACAGUAGGUGGUUCCUCAGCAACAGGUGGAGAUCUUUCCUCUGGAUACGGGUGCAUCUCCUCCUCUGAGUUUGUGUCUGGUUCUUCAGGCAGUUCUGUUAGUGUUUCUGGAGGCAGUAUGAACAUAUCCAGAGGUAGAGGAGGUGGCGCUGGCUCCUCUGCAGUCAUGUCUGCCGCAGGAACCUCCAGCUCCAUGACUGUGACCAAGUUCAGCUCCUCGUCGCCUAGUGGCACAAGGAAAGGUUUGAGUUACAGCACAGUUCCUACAGAGAGGAAGACCAGUCUGAGCCUUCACACUGGAGGAUAUGAGGGGAGCUCCAGUGGCAAUUCUUCCCCUGAAUACAUAAAGAAAGAAUAUGUUUCGACAAGUGUUGCCACUAGAGGACGCACUCAAACACGAGAGAGUGAGAUCAGAGCCAGAUUGCAGAGUGCCUCUCCCUCCACUAGAUGGACAGAGCUGGAUGAUGUGAAGAGAUUACUGAAGGGAAGUCGCUCCGGGAGCAUCAGUCCACCUCGCUCUCCCACCAACACUCUACCUAUCCCGAAAAAAGCCAGUGUGGACACCCGUCAUGAGAGCCAGUCAGGUUAUGACGGCACAGUCCUGGAUGCUGGAUUCAGCGGAUAUUACACCAGCCCAAACAAUCUCAGUUACACCACACUGCAACAACCAUCAUCACCCAUAGGUGGCAUGCAGAAUAAUCUGACCCUCAGCUCAUCUGCCUUCAGUAGUGCAGCAUAUGGGAUGCAUAAUAACCUGUCAACAUCUGGUGGUGCACUCAUGGUUAAUGGAAUCAGUGCUGGCCAAGUGUAUGGGGCACAGAAUAACGUUGGCAGCGCUGGAUUGGCCACCACUGUUACUACUAUUCCCAGCAGCCCUAUCACCGCUGAUGACGUGUUUGUGAAAGAUGGCAAGUUUAUUGCGAUUGGAAAAGAAAAUGUAGCAGCUAAGAAAGAGAGUGAGAGACUGGUCAUGUCCAAAAACACUGGCAAACUGUUCAUCACUUCCACCACCAGUGCUGGAGCAGAUUCUGAAGAUUCGCUCAAGAGGGAGAAAAAGAUGAUCUCCAGCACUACAGAAUCCACAAUGACUGCUUCCAGAGCCUCAACAAAAGACAAGUCAACCUAUGCAGCGAUCCGUAAAGAUGAGUCUGAUGACGCAGGACUAGGAUUCUGUUCCUGCUGCUCGUGGUGGAAGUGGCUUCUGGCACUGAUCUUAGGUCUUCUCCUUCUGCUGGGACUCCUCUGUGGUCUCAUCACACUGGGUGAGGAGGUCCGGAAGCUGAAGGCUCGUGUGGACGCUAUUGAUGGCGGAGAAAGCACAGUCUCUGCUCGAACCAGUCGUUUUUCCGCCUCCUCAGCUGUCAACAUCAUUGAUCCACUGGAGUCUUCAUACACUGAGCGCAUCCCUGGCGUCCGUGCCGAUAACACUAUAAACCUGGGUUCAGCAUCUGCUGCACAAGACCCUGUGGUUCUGCAGAGGGCCAUCCAACAGAUCCUCAGAUCUGAACUUCAGUCGGACACCAUUAGAGCUUCACUGGCAACUUCACUUAAGGGUGAGAGAGGAGAACCUGGGCCUAAAGGAGACCAAGGACCUCCUGGAGUGAAAGGUGAUGCAGGGUUUCCUGGAAUUCCAGGUCCUCCUGGUCUCAUUGGUCACCCUGGACAGGAAGGUCCUCGAGGACCCAAAGGAAGUGCAGGUGAAUCAGGAAAUGACGGUUUACCUGGGCCGAGGGGUCGAGAGGGGCCAGCGGGUCACAGAGGAGAACCAGGACCCCCAGGAAUUGGAGAGAAAGGAGAGAAAGGUUCUUCUGGCGAUGUUGGUGCACCUGGGCUAGCAGGACCACCAGGCCCUGUGGGACCCAAAGGCGAUGCAGGUGCACGAGGCGUACCAGGUCUUCCAGGAGCUCCUGGACCACAAGGCUUCCGUGGAGACUCUGGUGAUCCUGGACCCAAAGGUGAUAAAGGACCUGCUGGGCCACCUGGGGUCAAAGGCGAUCAAGGAGAGAGAGGUCCACGUGGUGCCACUGGUGAGCCAGGUCAGGUCGGACCAGCAGGGCCUCCUGGUGAGAAAGGUCUUAAAGGAUCAGCAGGUGCUCCUGGGCCAGAUGGUGUUAAAGGAAUUCGAGGGGAUCAAGGUCCGAUUGGGUUGCCUGGAGCUCGGGGACCCUCAGGGCCUCCUGGAGAUGCAGGAAUACCAGGUGCACCAGGACUCCAAGGACCACCAGGUUUGCCAGGUACUCCGGGCCAGCCAGGAGCUAAAGGUGAGCCUGGUGAGCCCGGAAGAGUCAUUUCUGCAGGCGCUAAUACUAACACUGUGCGUGUACCUGGACCUCCUGGACCUCAUGGAGCUCCGGGUCCUGCUGGACCAUCUGGACUAUCAGGUCCUAUUGGUCCUGCUGGUCUUCCUGGUCCACCUGGUUCAAAGGGAGAUAAAGGAGACAAAGGAGAAGAUGGGAAGCCUGGAGUCUCUGAGAGUGCAGGGAAGAAAGCUCCUUCUGAACCUGGUCCUCCUGGCCCACCUGGUCCGCCAGGACCACCUGGGAAUGAUGGACAACCAGGUAUUGGUCAACCUGGUCCUCCUGGUGAAAAAGGUAAACCAGGAAGCUUUGUACCCACUUCAGAAACCUUCUUUGCUGGACCACCUGGGCCUCCUGGACCUAUUGGACCAAAGGGAUCACAAGGUGAUAUUGGUCCUCAAGGCUUCCCUGGCCAGCCUGGAUUACCUGGAGAACCUGGAAUCGGUAUUCCAAGACAGCCAGGGACACCAGGACCACGUGGAGAACAAGGUCCUGAGGGUCCACCAGGACCACAGGGACCUCAAGGACCAAUGGGUCCCAUAGGGCCAGAAGGUCCAAAAGGUGAUGCUGGAGUCCCAGGGGCCCCUGGCAUUCCGGGAUACUCCUACGGUGGAGGAUCCAGAAGUGCUCCGGGAUCACCAGGUCCACCUGGACCCCCAGGGCCUCCUGGAGCACCCGGUUCAUCGGGUGGCGGUUCACCAGAUGUUGUUCAACAGAUUUCAGACUACCUUAGAAGUGAACCCAUCAGAGAAUACCUGACUGGACCUCCAGGCCCACCUGGACCACCAGGACCUACCGGAUCAGGCUCUGAAGAUUUGCUAGCUAACCGUGUCAUUGAAUACCUUCAAAGAGAUGAGGUGAGGCAGUACCUGAUUGGUCCUCCAGGGCCCCCAGGACCCCCAGGUGUGCCAGGUGGAUAUGGCUUUAACACUCAGGAAGUUGCUGGACGAGUGCUGAGACUGUUGAAUGAUGCUGGUUUCACAGGUCUGCCAGGACCUGCCGGUCCCCCAGGACCUCAAGGACCACCAGGAGGCUCUGGAGGACUAUUGUCUUACGCUGUUAAUGAAAACCAACCACAAAUCCAUGCAGAGCCUCAGGAGUAUAUCAAAAGGCACCCAAGCUCUGAUGAGAAUUUGGAUUACGCAGUCAUCGCUAAAAAGGUUUCAGAUUACAUUAAGUCUCAUGGCCUGUUACAAGGUCAAGAUGGUGUGAUAGGGAUUCCAGGUUCACGAGGUCCACCAGGUCUACCAGGUCCACCAGGUCCAAUAGGAUUCAGUGGACCCCCUGGACGCCCUGGACCUCCAGGAAUCAGUCCAGAACUUCCUUACUCCAACAUGACUGCAAUCAUAGACUACAUCAGAGACCACCGUAUGAUUGGACCACCAGGUAUAACAGGGCAGAAAGGGGAGCCGGGAUAUUCUGGACCAGUAGGACCAAAAGGUGACAGAGGAUUCACAGGUCCACCAGGUACCCCAGGCUUCCCAGGAAUGAAAGGAGAGAAGGGAGAGAAGGGUGAGGCUUCAUAUGUCACUCGGAGGAGGAGGAGGAGGAGCAGUCAUUUAGAAGAGUGCAUUUAGCUGGUGUGCUUUAAGCUGCUAAGGCUUUAAAAAUGACAUGUACAUAUUUAUUCUUUUCUAUUUUUAUUUUUUUGGACAGUGUUAGAUCAAUUUAUUACCGAAAGCUAAAUAUAUUCACAUUGAAUUAACAAGCAUUACAUGAUCAAAUUCACCUUUAUGAUGCCAGUUUUUAAAGAAAAAACAUUUUUGCAAAUGUAUUUUUUCCUCAUCAUGAAAGUCUGGUUUUCUUGCAUGACUGCAGAAUGGGAUUUAACAUAUAAUCUGGGUAUGUGCUUUAAAUUGUGCUUUUUGCCAUUUGCGUUUUUAAACUGCUUUCAUUAGACUUAAAAGUGGCUUGACAUUUAAAUUGAGAAUAAAGAUUGCUUUUUAUUUUAAAGCUGUGACUUACAGACAGACCUACAGUAAUGUUCAUAAACAGAGAGAGACUUGAAUACAGAGACCCAGACAACUGAACUAUUUACCACAAAUGUUUUAAUUACAGCAGCUUCCUAUAAUCACAAUGAUUUGAUCUUUGACACAAACACAGUACAUACAACUGUUAUGCUACUAACUUUACCUCAUCAGUUGAAAAAGCUUUAAAAAAAAAAAGUCUAUGAAAAUGCAAACAGGCGUCAUGAAUGUACUGAGUAUGCGACUACCUGCAGGAAUUCCUUUAUCAGGAGGUGCACGGCACUCUCUGUUCAGUCAAAUGUGCUGUAAAACAUGAGCAAUGCUCUCAGGAUAUCAUAAUGACAAGAAAUUCAUGUUUUGACAUUUGUCUUUUCUCACAGAUUUUAAAUGUUUUGUUCAGUUUUUACAGAUUACGGCACAAAUGUAAAUGCAGUAAACACAUUUAGAACUGUAUGUUGAAAGUUGAGAUGAAAGGAAAUCUAGUACAAAAAAAAGUGCUACAAUAUACAAUACCUGACUGAUUAAAGCCGUGUCGGUUCACAGGACACAUCAUCCUCUAUACAAUUUUACCGAAAAGUACCAUAAUGUAUUGUAGAGGUGUCUGAGUGAAUCUCAAUGAAACUAAAACGCAUGCAUUUGAAAAAACCAUUUGGUAUUUUUUGGAGAAUAAGUAGCAUGGACAUUAUGACGAGAUUGAGCUCUCUUGCUUUGAAGCUCACAGACAUAAUUGAAAGUUGAGAUGAUUUACUUAGGCUACAUGUUCACAUUGCAUAGCAGUGCAAGCGCAAAUGCACUUUAAACCACAGUGACGUCAGGAUAUUUUCAUACAGUGUGGAUGCUAUGCUAAAAACUGCUGCUACUUUAAAUCCUAUAGAUCCAUUUUAUGGUAAACAAAGCUCAAUAAAAGUGAUGUGAGAUAACAGAAUCAAAUAUAUUUAAAUCCUGUAAUUCAUACACAAAAUAACCAAGAAAUGUCCUUAUUUACCUCUAAAUAAUGUGCCUUUAAACUUCAUUAUAAUUGAAAUCAACAAAUUUAAGAACAUUUGUUUGAAUUGGCAAAAACAACAACAACACAACUGAUUCAGACUGAUUUCGAGAUUUAAAUCAUUCGCUUGGUUCUCGUAACUACUGACAUCAAGCAUUGACUCUUUAGUGCAAGCAAAUUAGCUUGAAGCUGAACAGUCAUUCCAUGUAUGUAUUAGGUAUAAUCCUAAAAUACCACAGUAAACCACAUCGUUAAGACACUGAGACCACUGAUUCGAGAGGGAAUAAAGGUAAAAAUCAAUAAAAAUAAAAAAAAUAAAUUUAGUGGCAUACAGAAUCACAUUAUCUUUCAUAAACUAUUGC